AUGCGUGACUUUCAUACGGCCGGGCACCUCAAAGGGCAUACUGUUGAGUGGCCAGCUGAAAUACACCUCCGUAUCAGUCGAUCGCCCCCCCCCCAACACCCACUACAGGAAGGGAAAACUCACUUGAGUGAGACGGACAAGCCAUCCCUCGCCUCAGCACAAGCCGCCGCAACCACAGGCUGCGUCAACAGAUUUACGACAUUGCCGUUAGACCAAAGCAAAAUGGGAUCCAACGUCGAAAUGCUCGCCAGCAUGCCCCCCGAUCAACAAAAAUACAUGGCCGAAGCGGCCAAGCGCAAGCGGCCGGACGGCAUGGCGCAGUUUCAGGAGCUGCAUUUCAGCGACAACGAGCGCCUGCGCCAGCUCGCCGAUGACCCCUUCGCCGACCACGCCACUCUGGACCAGCUACCCGUGCCCAUCAAGUCGGGCGACCGGGUUAAGUUCCUAAUCUUGGGCGCCGGGUUGGGUGGGAUCUUGAACGGGGUCAGGCUGAUCCAAGCCGGGUUUUCCGCGGACCAGAUCCGCCUCGUCGAAGUCGCGGGCGGGAUUGGAGGGACUUGGUACUGGAACCGGUACCCGGGGCUGCACUGCGAUGUGGAGAGCUACGUAUACUUGCCGCUGCUCGAGGAGAUGGGGUAUAUGCCGCCGCAUAAGUAUAUAUCUGGGGUUGGCAUUCGGAAUUACCUUGUGGAGAUGGCAAAGAAGUGGGAUCUCGCGGACAAGAUCAUGUAUCGCACGCAGGUCAAUGGCCUGCAAUGGGACGACGGCAUCCGUGCUUGGAAGGCGGACAUGACGACCGGCCGAGGGCCGGGCGGCCAGGAGAAGAGCACACUCUGGAUGAAUGCCGAUUUUGUGCUGCUCAAUACUGGACUAUUCCCGCACCCCCAGGUGCCCAAACUGCCCGGUCUGACUGGUUUCGAAGGAGCUAUGUUUCAUACUGCUCGGUGGGACUACAAUGUGACAGGGGGAUCAAGCGAGACUCCGUUCCCCACCCUGGACAAGCUGAACGGCAAGCGUGUCGGUAUAAUCGGCACGGGAGCGACAGCCAUCCAAGUUGUUCCGGAGGUGGCUAAGUGGGCCAAGGAGCUAUACGUCUUCCAGCGCACACCAUCGCAAGUCCACGUUCGUGGGCAACGCGAAACGGAUCUGACCGAGUGGAGGGAACAGAUCGCAGCAAAGCCGGGGUGGCAGACCGAGCGCAUGGAGAAUUUUGCUGAACAUCUGUCGCUCGGGGCACCAAGCGACCACAAGAACCUCGUCGGAGAUGGAUUUAGCCACUUGUCGGCGUACUAUGCUCUCAUAGGCGGUAUUGGAAGUGACAAAGUCACGCCCGAGAAAGUGCCGGAGCACAUUGGAGGUCUAUUAGCCUUAGAUGCCACUCGCGCCGCCAAGGUACGAGCCCGGGUAUCAGAGGUGGUCAAAGAUGAAGACACGGCGGAGAAGCUGACUCCCUGGUAUCCCGUCUGGUGUAAACGGCCAACCUUCAGCGACGUUUUCCUGCAGGCUUUCAACCAGGAGAACGUCCACUUGGUCGAUACGGACGGAAAGGGGGUGGACGGUGUGACCCCGCGUGGACUGGUGUUUAAUGGCAAGGAAUACCCACUCGACGUACUCAUACUUAGCACAGGAUACCGCUCACCUGGGGUUGGCUCGGGCAACCCAUCGGUUCGUACCGGUCUGGAAAUAGUUGGUCGGGGAGGGCGAACUUUGACGGAGAAGUGGACAUCGCAAGGCCCAACGACGUUGCAUGGCUGUGCCUCCAACGGCUUUCCGAACCUCUUCUGGAUGGGUCCGACCCAGGCAGGCGCUACUGCCAACUUCGCCCACGUGCUUGAAGUUUUGAGUCGACAUGUUGCACAUAUCGUAGCCAAGGGCCAUGAACAGGCCGGAGCGUGCAAGCAGGAUAAUGGAGUAGUGGUUGAGGUAAGGAAGGAAGCUGAGGAGGCGUGGAGUAUGCUUUGUCUUUCAGGUGCCGCGGCAUUUUCUGCCACGUCGGUCUGCACACCAAGUUAUCUAACAAAUGAAGGGGAGGCCAUGUUAGGGAAGCCGCAAGAACUGAUGCAGCGAGCAAGAGGCGCGCCAUGGCCAACUGGGAUGGUGGCGUAUAUCCGUGAAUUGGACGCAUGGCAUGAUGCAGGCAAGCUGGAAGGGAUAGAGGUCACCGCCGCAUAG